AUGUUCGAGAAGACACUGGGUGACCUCAUUCGAGGCAUCCGAUCCCAUCCCGACGAUGAGGCCAAGUACAUCUCAUCAUGCAUGGAUGAAAUCCGCAAGGAGCUGGCACAGCCAGACUUGGACAUCAAGGCCAAUGCACUUGCAAAACUGACCUACUUGCAAAUGCUGGGCUACGACAUGUCCUGGGCCGCCUUCCACGUGGUUGAGGUGAUGACAAGCAAAAAGUAUGCACACAAGCGCAUUGGCUUCCUCGCUGCCGCCCAGAGCUUUCACGACAACACAGAUGUCCUCAUGCUCACAACAAACAUGCUCAAGAAGAGCCUGACAUCGCACAACCAGUACGAGAGCGGGCUUGCGCUCAACGGCUUGUCCAACUUCAUCCGAGAUGACCUGGCACGCGACCUCGCGUCUGACCUCAUCUCCCUCCUCACAUCCGUCAGGCCCUACGUCCGCAAACGCGCAACACUCGUCAUGUACAAGCUGUUCCUCAAGUACCCGGAUGCCCUGCGUGCCGCAUUUCCAAAACUCAAGGACAAGCUCGAGGACGAAGACCCGGGCGUGCAGGCCGCCGCCGUGAAUGUCAUCUGCGAGUUGGCCCGCAAGAACCCGAAGAACUACCUCAGCCUCGCCCCAACAUUCUUCAAGCUCCUCACCACCUCCACCAACAACUGGCUGCGUAUCAAGAUUGUCAAACUCUUUGCCGCCCUCUGCCCUCUCGAGCCACGCCUUGGGCGCAAGUUGGUUGAGCCCCUGACAGAGCUGAUCCACGGCACGCCCGCCACGUCGCUGCUCUAUGAAUGCAUCAACACCGUGCUUGCAGGCAUUCCAGACCACACCGCCACCAUCCAGCUGUGUGUGCAAAAGCUGCGCAUCUUCAUUGAGGACUCUGACCAGAACCUCAAGUAUCUCGGGCUGCAGGCAAUGGCCUCUGUUCUCAAGAUUGCGCCAAAGGCCGUCCUCCCACACAGGGACCUGGUGAUUGAGUGCCUCGACGACGACGACGAGAGCAUCCGGCUGCGCGCGCUGGAUUUGCUUGCAGGCAUGGUGACGAAGAAGACGCUGAUUGACAUUGUGCGGCGGCUGCUGCAGCACCUGGAGCGCACGGAAGGCCAGACGUACCGCGACGAGGUCGUGGCCAAGAUCAUCCAGAUGUGCUCCCAGUCAACAUACCAGUACAUCACCAACUUUGAGUGGUAUGUGCAAGUGCUGGUGCAGCUGACGCGCGUGGAGAACACGCGGCACGGCGCCCUCAUCCGGGACCAGCUCAUGGACGUCGCAAUCAGGGCACGUGUGAAGGUGCUGCGCCCCUUUGCCUGCAAGCAAAUGGCGGCCCUCCUCACAGACCAGCGGCUGUACUCUGGCCACAACAUCGAGUGUGGCAUAAGCGAGGUGCUGUACGCUGCUGCGUGGAUCAGCGGCGAGUUCAGCGAGCACCUUGACACGCCAACAGCGACCACGGUGGUCGAGGCGCUGCUGCAGCCGCGCACGGCCCAGCUGCCCGGGCCAAUCCAGGCCGUCUUCAUCCACAACUGCCUCAAGGUCUACGCCGCCGACGAAACCGCCACCGCAGCCAAUGGCGAUGAUGAUGGUGACGGCGAUGACGGUGCUGUUCGUGACAGCGAGGACCUGCAGGCGAUGCGCGGGGUGCUGACGGCGCGACUGCCGCUGUUUGUGCAGAGCGGCGACCUGGAGGUACAGGAGAGGGCCGUGCUCGUCUCCCAGAUUGUGGCGUUUGUCGAGGCAGACCUCGCCAAGGGCCACCACCCGCACAAGGAGCUUGCAGCGCUGUAUGCGGGCAACCUCAACCCCGUUGCAGCGAAAGCCCAGCGCAAGGUCCCCGUCCCAGAAAAUGUUGAUCUUGACCGCUGGAUCAACACCCCGCCCGCAUCUGAGGACGAGGAGGAGGACAGGGAUUUGUUUUCCGACGCCAUCUUCGCCGGCGUGAGCGAAAAGGCCACACCGCUCGCUUCACGGUACGAGAGCGACGACGAGGAGGACCUCCGCCGCCGCCGCCAAGUGCGCAUGGCUGCACAGGCCGCCAACCCGUACCACCUCGGCCAGUAUGCGACUCCGAGCGGUGGCACCACGUCCAUGGCAUCGUCACAGCAAAUUUCGCAGGAGGAAGUGGACCAAAUCCCCGUUCGCACCCUCGACCUCGGCCCCUCCAUCAAACUUGAUGUUGCGCCGGUGCCGGGGACGGGCCUCGACUUUGGCGUGGAGGACGACACGGAGAAGAAGAAGAAGAAGGACAAGAAGAAGCGCAAGAAGAAGAGGAAGAAGCUGAGCAAGAAGGAAAUUCGCCGGCUGAAGAAGAAAGGCCUGCCCAUCCCCGAGGGCCCACCGUCGUCCAGCGACGAAGAUGACGACGACCACCACCGCGCCGCUGCUGCCAAGAUUGACAUUCUCGCACAGGAAGACAUGCCGGAGGGCGCAGAAGAGUCGGGUGGCGACGAGGAGCCUGCUGUGGAUGAUCCGCAUGCCGCGCUCAACAUCGACCUUGAGGCCGCUGGCGAGUUUGAGCUGCCAAAGCCGUCCCACUACGACGCCAUGACCGCACACACGCACGCAGACAGCGACGACCAGGACAAGAAGAAGAAGAAAAAGAAGGACAAGAAGAAGCGGAAGAAAAAGUCCAAGAAGACCAAGGAGGUCGAGCCUGCGGGGGAUGAACCAGUUGAGGCGCCCAAGGUUGACGUUGGUGACAUCGCUGGCGAGACCACAGUUGACGCGCCGCCUGCAGAGGAACAGAGUGCGCUGGACUCGUGGCUGAGCGAAGACAAGCCAAAGGCAGCAGAGAAGAAGGACAAGAAGGACAAGAAGGACAAGAAGAAGAGCAAGAAGGACAAGAAGAAGAAGAAAAAGAAGGCGAAGAAGGAGAAAGGUGCUGAGUCAGCAGUCGAGACGGCAGCGGCGGAUGAAGCGUCCGCGGCGCCGCCGUCGCCUCCAAUUGCGCCUGUCCUCCAUCCGCUCCUCAAGGACGACACCGUCGCGGUCGCCUACCAGCUCAACGCGACGUCUGGCGCUGUUCGGCUGCAGUUUGUGGUGAAGAAUCACGCGGCAGGCGCCAUCACGGACGUCGCGCUCACCCCGGCCGACGACUCCGAGGCCAAGCCUGAUGGGAGCGGCCCUGUGUCCGUGUCGUCCUCGCUCGCUGGCGGCGCUGCGGAGACGGCGGAGAUUGUCCUGCCAAUCACAGACGACGCGCGCGAGACAAGCUUCAAGGCCACGCUGACGUACGCGUGUGCCGGCGGCGUGGCGGAGCAAGCGCAGGCAGAGGAGGCCAUCAAAGAGGAGGAAGGGAAGGAGGAGGAUAAGCAUUCGGCGGAGGAUGAGGAGGAUGGCGACAAGGAAGAGCGCGAGAAGAAAGAUGGGGAGGAAGGAGAGGCGGAGAUGGCGGGUGACGAGCAAACGGAAGCUGGUGAGGAUAAGGAGGAUGCCGGUGAUGCUGGUGAUGCUGGUGAAGGUGUGGCAACUGAAGACACGAAGGAGGGACAAGAAGAGGAGGAGAUGAACAAGGAGGAGAACGAAGGUGAUGAGGGCGAGGGCAGCACGACCACCGCUGCCACUGACGAGGAGCCGGCCGCCACCACCGCCACCGCUUCCUCCUCAUCAAACGUCAUCACCAAGGAGAUUCUCGUCCGCAUUCCCGUCUCGGACCUCUUGCUCACAAAGCCCUGCACACAGGAGGAGUUUCGGGCCCUUCUUGAGGAUGGAGGACUCAGCCCGUCCUCAUCGCUGACACUGAACAAGCAAGGUGUCACAUUUGAAGCCGCAGCCGCCACCGUCUGCUCCAUCGUCCACGGCCAAGUUGUUGAGAUGAUUGCGGGCGCGGCAUCCAUCUACAGCGCAACAGUCGCCGACGGUCACGUGUGUCUGCAGAUUGUGGAUCAGGACGAGAGCGUGAACAUUGAUGCCAAGUGCAGCAGCCAAGAGCUGACGACCGCACUGUUGGCGGACCUUGAAGCGCGCUUGUCUUAGAGAAGAAGGGAGGCGCAACCUUGCCCCUCACAUCAUGUGUCUGUCUCAUCGUUGUUUGUUGAUUCGUUUGAUUCCGCCACCCCCCCCCCCUCCCAUGCUUCGUCGUUGUUAGCACGUAUGGUUCGUGUUGUCUUGCUGCCCCCCCCCCCCGGCCUCCUCGCUCGACCCCACCCAUUACAGUCGUUCUUCCUC